AUGCCUACGGGCACACUGCCAAACAUAUCCACAUCAGUGGUCUUAAAAGUUGGGUUUAAAAACUCUCACGAAACUCUUUAAUUACCAGGUGAAAUACUGUUCAAACACAUUCUGGAGACAAGAUAGGUGGAACAAUAUGCGUGGCAAGCAGAUAGUAAUCCUUCUGGCCAGUGUCCUGAUCCUUGGAAGCCUACAAACGGAGGUGGCAACGGAAUCGGACAACAAAACAAGUGAUUUCGUGGCCACCAAGGAAUGGCAGGUGAUUGCGGAAGGUCAGGCCAUCCCCAAGGGCCUCCACGUACGUAUCAAUUUGCAAACCGGACUCAAGGAAGCAAAACUUUUGGACGAGGGUGAACGUGGCACGGCGCUGCAGAGUCAGCCGGACGAUCAGAGGGAUCAGGAUCAGAAUCUGGAAGAUAAUGAACCCCUGGCCCUGGACUACAAGCCGGACAUCAUCGAGGAGUCCCUGCGCCGCGUCAAGGAGCAAAAGAAGAGCUAUGCGGAGCUGCGCAAGGCGUACAAGGAAUUCCAGAAGAACUUCCGAACGGACGGAGAGCUGAUUGUACAGUUAAUUGAUCAGUACCGAAACUUCAGCAAGACGCCGCUGCAGUCGGAGAUGCGCUCCAAGCUGGACUGCCUGGACAACCUGGAGUAUCUACUGCAUCAGAUAGACAAUGCCCUAAUGUUCAUCGAUAAUGGAGGACUGGAUGACGUCCUCCUGCCCAUUGUGGUCAACGAUACCAACACCUCGCUGAGGGUCUCGGCCAUGCGGGUCUUGGGCUCGCUGGCAAGCAACAAUCCGAAAGCCCAGAUAAAGGUGUUCGAAAAGAACUUUGGCUCGCAUCUGGCCCAGAUCCUAACGAGUUCCGGGAAUGCUGGAGAGAUCUCCGCUGCACUGCAUGCCUUUGGAGCUCUGCUUCGAAAGUUUCCGCUGGCCCAGCAGCGAGUGCUCUCCACCUCCGGCACACAGGCUCUGAUCAAGGUCCUGCAGAGUGCAGAGGUGGAGCUGAGGAGCAAGGCCAAGGUGGUGACCCUCAUCAGUGACCUGGUGCUGGAGAAGCGGUCAGUACUGGAGGCCAGCAAAGAUGCUCCCGAAGCCGCCUCUACGAUGGCGCAAUAUGUACUCCUGGAGUUCGAGCCUUGGCUGCAAUCGCAAGGCUACUGCUCGGCGGUGGACAGUGUCGUGACCAAGGAUUUCCUUCAUCUUCUAGAGCAACCAGAAGUGGUGGAACAAUUUGCCACUGCUCUAGAGACCACCGAGGAUCUUUGCAUUGCCUCCUGGUCUCAAAGUUCGGGUCUCAGGCACGCACUUCUAACGAUUCGAAAUCGGUAUACCAACAGCAAGGACGAAUACCGACUGGAGGUUUCCCAACUCCUGGCCAAACUGUGCGAAAGAUUGUUCAACAAACCCAAACACACCGAACUGUAAUCUUAGCCAAUUUUACUGUACAAUUUUUAUUUUAUUAUAAGCUCAGUGUGAAUUUAAUUCAUAGCCAAACCAUAGACCCAAAUUAUUCAAGUUAAGUCAAUAUGAUAACAAAGUUGCCAAGUACUUGUGAUGCGAAAGUAAUGCUCCUUCUUCGGAAACUUUUUCCUACUUUGUCAUUAAUUUAAGACGUUAUCUUAAACUAUGUUUUUUUAACAGAUAGUUUUGAUAAUAAAUCUUAUUUAAUUUUUUAAUGAGGCUGGAGAAUAGUUAUGCCAAUGCUAAGCUAAGAAUAUAUUUAUAAUACUUUCGGUUUUCAAAAAAGUCGACCUUUCAAAGCUUGAAAUUUAAUCUAAGGUCAAUUUAUUUUUCAACCUUAAUGUUCGAUUUGUUGCAGAUAGAGCUUAUAUGUUAAAACACAGCAUAAUAUUAUUAUAUGUCUUUAAGUACUUAUUUUUUAAAUUAUGGUAACGCAUUAAUUUAUUUGAGUGUCUUAUUUUUUAAAAGUCAUUGAACUCCAACAAUCCCUUUUUUCUUUUAAUAACUUACAGAGAUGAGCUCCACACUAGACUGCCUGGAGAACCAGGAGCAUAUGCUUCAUCAGAUAGAUAAUGGCUUUACAACCACAGAAACCCAUGGUUUUACCACUGUGACUAUUUAUAACUAAAUAUAUAAAAUGCAAUAGUUCUUUAACUAUUUUAAUCUGACAAAAAAUAAAAUAACUAAACACAUUA